UUUUGUUUCUUUAGCGAUGCGAUGCGGUUAUUAAAUACGGAUAAUAUCGCUGAAUCCCGCGAUGUGUGUAAAGAUUUAUUGACAUUUGAUAUUUAUUAUCGAUAACGUAUUAAUUAAUGUUUACGCUAUACAAGAUUUGCGCGAUCGACCAAGCCAAGAGUAGCAGUCGCUGGGAAAUCUAUGCACUGUAUUUGUAUGUAAAAUACAAUUCCCGCUACUAAUCUGAACACGCCAGCUGGAUGACAUUCCGUAUCGGUUCGUGACGCAACACGAUUAAUUCACGAUAAACAGAAACGAGUUUCCGUCGAUCACGGGGAAAACGGCAGGCUCCACGGAAGAAUUCAGUCGACAUCAUGGAGGGUCUUAGUGAAGGCGACAGAGCUAUUUUGAACACAAUUUUCGAUCCGCUUCAUUCACUUGGUCUGUCUGAUUUUUCAAAACAAAUUGAAGAGACAACGGAUAAUUCCGAGGAGGAUCAUUUGGAACCGCAUGCGUCAGAAAUCGUGAAGAAGGCAAUAAUCUGCGCAGAAGCGAAGAACUUUGACGAGUCGUUUCGACUUUUUGACGAAGCUCUGAAGCAAGCGCCUGAAUCACCGUCAAUUCUAAACGACAAAGCACAAGCAUUACGUUUGGCGAAUCGAGAUGAAGAAGCUUUGAAGGAUCUGCAUCUAGCGGUGGAAUUGAGCCAAGGAAAAGGAAGAGCGGGCACCCAGGCGCUCUGUCAACGUGGCGCUCUUUACCGAUGGAUGGGACAGGACGAUGAGGCCAAGAAAGACUUCGUACGUGCAGCCAAGGCUGGUUCGAGCUUCGCUAAAUCACAAUUGGUCGCUCUGAACCCUUACGCGGCCAUGUGCAACGCGAUGCUGCGCGAGAUCACUUCCAAGGCCAAUUACACUUAAUUUAAUCCAUGGGAUCGCAUCUCGAAAGACAAUGAUCAUUUAAUAGAUAACGCUUUAUUUUAUCUUUAUUUCGAUAUAGAUAAACUCAACGACCGGUAGAUCUACGUAUAGAUCUUGAUAUAAUGGUAUAAUCGCAAAGUAUAAUCAUAAUAAUAACAAUGAUAUUCAUUAGAAAUUUCGCAUAAAAAUAUAAAUUAUUCGUCUGUAUCAAAUCGGGAAAAUAUAUUUCUUUGUAAAAU